UUCGAUAACCUGCUGUUUUAUUGUUGGUUCACGUACUAAUGACAGUCAUUUUACGUAUUCAUUGCUAAAGAAAACUGAAAAAAUACAUUUUAGCAAGUCCAAGCUUCCGGUUAGUCAUCCGCCCAAACCGAUCUUCAUUUAGAUCUAACCAAAUCAAACGAGAGAGCAUAUCGACAUGGACUUCGGAGAUGACUUUGCUGCCAAGGAGGAGGUUGAUCCCGCGGCCGAGUUCCUGGCGCGCGAACAGUCCGCUCUCGGGGAUCUCGAGGCAGAGAUAACGGGCGGAUCUGCAUCUGGAUCCGCUACAGCUGCCACCACAGACGAUGGCGGCCUCGGUGAGCUGCUGGGCGGUGGCGCUGGCAGUACUAGCACUGGCGAUGUGCUAGGCAACGAUCUAUUGUCCGCCGGUGGCGCUGGCCUGGAAUCAUCCACAGGCAGCUUUGAAGUCAUUGGCGGCGAGUCCAAUGAGCCAGUAGGCAUAUCGGGACCACCUCCGUCACGGGAAGAGCCGGAGAAGAUACGCAAGUGGCGCGAGGAGCAAAAACAACGACUGGAGGAGAAGGAUCUCGAGGAGGAGCGGAAAAAGGAGGAGCUCCGACAGCAGUCCAAGAAGGAGCUAGACGACUGGCUGCGCCAGAUCGGCGAGUCCAUAUCAAAGACGAAGCUGUCGUCGCGCAACGCCGAGAAGCAGGCAGCCACGCUGGAAAACGGCAGCAUCGAGCCGGGCACCGAAUGGGAGCGCAUAGCCAAGCUCUGCGACUUCAAUCCCAAGGUUAACAAGGCGGGCAAGGAUGUCUCCCGCAUGCGCUCCAUCUACCUGCACCUCAAGCAGAAUCCCAUACAGGUGCAGAAGAGCACCUAGACGGGCGGAGGGAUCGCCUCUAGUUUUAAUUACGUACUCGCCUAACCACACAUUGAGUUGAAUAUGAAAAUUAUUAUUGAAAGUAUUCGCUGUAUAUUCCAAUUUAUGAUACAUAAAAUAUUAUUAUUGCUGCUGAAAAAAUCCGCUGCGGUCAUCGUUUUGUCUAAUAUAAUGCAAUAAAGAACGUGCACACA